GCCACGAGAACCCGAGCGCCUUUUCACGCGUUCCGUUUCAACAGAGCGACAGCGUCCAAAACCCCGCCGCCGGCCGUAUUCGGAUUCGAUGGAGCCCACCCCCGCGCCGAAAGAGAACUUUUUCAUCGUCGUCCGCGGCAAGUCGCGGAAAGGCUUCUCCCGCGGAUGCGUGGGUCGGGCGGAGGCGGAGACGCCUGGCGGGGAGCUGAUGGGGCUUCUCUACCCCGGGGGGCCGAAGGCGGGGAGCCCCAAGAACGGAGGCGUGGUGCGCAGGGAGGACACGUACCCCCUGAGCCGCCGCCAAGCCCAGCUGCUGCUCUUCGUCUCCUCCGUCAGCAAGCGCCUGGAACUGCUGUGCAACCCGCAGCUGUUCUCGGCCAUCUGUGGCCUGAGCGCCGAUGACCUGGUGGUGGUCAAGUACAAGAGGGGCCAUCAGCCGGGACUGGUCACCAACCUCAUGCGGAUCGGCAGGAAGGAAAGCAAAGACGAUCUGCAGAUGUUGGCCUUUGAGGUGGAAUUGGCGGACGGCGAUCAGACUUUGUCAUCCAAGAAGGCCGCCCCUGCGCCCCUGUUCAGCGCCGCCGACAUCGUCCAGGUGGUCCCGUCUUCCGCCCUCCCCCGCGGAAUGAACUGGAAUGCCGUUCAGCACGGUGGCACAAACAAAAAGGUGAUGCGCAUGAACUCCAUGCCAAUCAUUCGAUCUCUUGGCCAAGUGACGGAAAAGCACCGAGUGCAGACCGCCGUCCAUCGGAGUCAAAGUCACGACGCAUCCCGCGCACCUUUGGAAGUGGGGUCCUUGGUGGAGGUCGUGUCCAACACGGGGGUCACGGUUUACGGGGUGAUCAGGUGGCUGGGUGUUCCCGAAGGAAAAACUGCGGAAUGGGCUGGGAUUGAAUUGGACUACGACGUGAACGGUUGCUCCGACGGCACGUACGCAGGCCAGCGGUUGUUCAGCUGCAAAAGGAGCAGGGCUUUGUUUGUCCCCGUCACCAAAUGCAGCCCCGACAGCCGGUUUGUCUGCUCGUCCUCGGCAAGCCACGCCGGCGGCCAAGUGGAACUGCCCGCAGUUCCACCAUAUGUGGACUGUGAGGAGUAUGUGGCGCCGGUGUCUGACUCCGAGGCCACGUCGUUGUUAGUGGGAAGAAUGAAAGGGAUUCAGGGUCACAUCAACUCCUGUUAUCUGGACGCCACUCUUUUCAGUUUGUUCAGCUCCUCCGCGACCCUGGACAGUAUCUGCCGCUGGCCCGCGGACGCCGUGCAGCCCGUCGCUUCCGCGCUGAGAAAAAUCGUCAAUCGUUUACGCAGACAAGGUUUCGUGCCCGCCGCCAGCGUCAUGAGUUUCCGCAAUCAGCUUGGCUGCGACACCUUUCGAACAGAGGAAAAAGACCCAGAGGAAUUCAUCACAGUUCUCUUCGAGAAGGUGCUCGGCAUUGAGCCGCUGCUUAAACUCAGGUCGAGAAAUGAAAGUUGUCAAGGGGCCUACACCUUCCAGAUCUUUCUGGAAAAGGAGCAGAUGGCACACAUACCCACAGUUCAACAACUGCUGGACACUUCCUGCCUGUCGUGUGAUGUCAAGUUUGAAGAGAUGCCGUCCUGCCUGAUAGUUCAGAUGCCGAGGUUUGGAAACGAGUAUAAAAUGUUUUCUCACAUCAUUCCGUCCACGGAGCUGGACGUCGCCGACCUGCUUUCCAACUCUCCUCGUCAUUGCUUCAUCUGUGAGCGAUUGGCAGAGUACGAGUGUCUCCGCUGUUUGCCGGAUCGCAAACUGCACCCGGGGAGAAUCAAACAAUACUGUGCCACCUGCAACGUGCAGGCAAGGCAAUUUCUAUCUUUUUUUUUUUUUCAUGUCCGCAGUGUACAAGUUGCCUUCCCGACUUCCAAUUUCGUUUGGUUCGUCUUUGCUUUGAAGGUGCACAGACAUUCGUCGCGCCAGGGGCAUUCCCCCAAACCUCUGUUACUUCCAGCCCAGGCAGCCGCGGCUCCCCCCGCGGCUCGGCACACCAUGCAACUCUUUGCCGUGCUUUGCAUUCACACCAGCCACUACGUGUCCUUUGUCAAAUCUGGCUCCGACCAGCACUCCUGGCUCUUCUUUGACAGCAUGGCAGACAGAUGCGGUGACGAUGAAAGCGGCUUCAACAUCCCGGAGAUCCGAGCUUGUCCGGAGCUGGGUGACUUUUUCUCCCUGUCCGAGGAGGAGCAGGCACGGGCAAAUCCCUGGUGUGCCCCUGAACUUGUGCGCAGGCUGCUGUGUGACUCCUACAUGUUUUUAUACCAAACGCCAGGACUGGCUCUUCCCGCUACAAAUCAUCCGCGGCCUUAAAUGGAUGUCUCCAAGGACACGGUGUUCUUGCAACACUGCCUUCAGAAUAACUUUGCACUUUAUCAACCACAUUUUGAUUAUUACAGCCAAGAGUGGAUUUUUGUUGGGGGGGGAGGGCAAUGUUCAGAAGGAAAUACUAGGAAGCGCACUACAGCUUUGUUUUCAAUACUCGGGCAUGUCGGGGGGGGGGGUAAAACAAAUUUGAAAUGACAACAUUUUAUUGCAUUAUUUUCUUCUUGUCCCUUUGUCACGAAUUUAGGCCGUUUAUGGUAAGAUAUUGAAUGUUUUCUUUUUUUUCUUUCUGUUAUAUGUAAUAAAUAAUCUAUUGGUGGACUGGAAAAAGUUCAAACAUGGUUUACCGUAAACAAUUGCGCCGUGGUUCAUUUUUAAUGUAUGAAAACAUUGCGGUGACACCGA